UCUAUUAACACCUCAUCCCCUCCUCCUUCCAUCAGCCCUUACGACUUCGAUACUCCAUUAGCUCGCCGUUCCAUUUUCAUCAACGUACACCAGUCGUUGGUUGUGCCUUAUCGCGAGCUACGCUCCACGUUUUCACGAAGUCCCACUAUACUUUCUCUAUCAGCCAAUAUGGUCGGUCACGGCGCCUCAGGCAUGCUGGGUGAAGAUGGUAUUCAUGUUGAUAUGAACCACCUGAAGAGCGGCGAGGUCAACCUAGGUACCUCGAUUAUGGCAAUCAACUUCAAAGAUGGUGUUAUAUUAGGUGCCGACAGCCGGACAACAACGGGAGCUUACAUUGCCAAUCGAGUCACCGACAAAUUGACGCAGGUUCAUGAUACCAUCUGGUGCUGUCGAUCCGGAUCUGCUGCAGAUACGCAAGCCGUGGCGGAUAUUGUCUCCUACCACCUCAACAUGUAUUCGAUUACCAACAAUGAGGCCCCCAGCACCCAGGUUGCCGCGUCGCUGUUUCAGGAGCUGUGCUAUGAGAACAAGGAUAUGCUGUCUGCUGGUAUCAUCAUCGCCGGAUACGAUCCCCGACAUGGCGGCCAGGUAUACUCGAUACCGCUUGGCGGAUCCCUACACAAGCAGCCUUAUUCCAUUGGUGGAUCUGGUUCGACCUACAUUUACGGCUACUGUGAUGCGAACUGGAAAGAAAAUAUGACAGAAGAAGAAGGCAUUAACUUUGUUCGGGGAGCAUUGCGAGAGGCUAUCAAAUGGGACGGAAGCUCGGGAGGUGUGAUUCGACUGGUAGUAUUGACGGCUAAAGGAGCUCAGAGACAUCUCUACCUACCUGACACGGAUUACACCGGGCCGGGUACCACCAACUGAUGGAUAUAAUCGUAUUGAAUGAUGAUCUGUUCGACUUUUCUUUGUAUUGGACUGUGAUUAGCUGUGAACCCCCCCCGUCUGAGUAGCAUGAUAGAGGAACCAUUGUGAUCUUGUGUGAGGGCAUUAGAAGGAACUCCACAAAUAUCAAAUCGAGAGAACAAGUAAUCUCUUGCCAAUGAACAGUAGCACUUAUGGGUUUUUGACC